AUCAUCAACCGGGAACGCCAAGCACGCGUGUUUUCAUCGACAAAAUCGGUUCAAUUGUUGUCCUAUCUAUCGCGUUCUAUUAGUUUAGGCAGCCAGGUGGCAAAAUUGUUUGCGAUAACGACGCUUAAAACGCGCCACUCACGGCGCGAAGUGCACAAAGAUAAAAACUGUGAAAAGGUGCGUCGUUCGUUCCAUGGCCCAUCGCGCCGUGCGCGCUAAAACGGAACGGCAGCGUAAAAAUGGCGCCUCAAAGAAGUUCUAGCUUUAGCGUUAGCUGGUUUCUUUUCAUUUCCUGUGAUUACCAAUAGAUCGCGCGAAGGGCUAAAGUGGGUGUCCCAAGUUCCAGUGAUUGUGGGCGAGUGAAAGGAAAGAGGCGGAAAAUUUCAAUAAAAUAAACAUCCUUCUGAAAGGAGGUGCGUUGUGCGUAGUUUGUGAGCACCACGGUCCGGGCUCUGUAUUUUAGCGUGGUGUUAUUGAAAUGUGCAGUUGUGCCUGGAUGUUUUAGAAAGACGUAACAAUUGUUAUAGCAGCCAGAAGCAUCGUGAGAAGCAUCUCACGCCUCGGCGUCGGAAGCGUUUACCCCUAUGCGUACGCUUGAAGGUGCGCAUCAAGGAUUAUGUCGGCUGAAGUUUGGAGUGAAGAAGAAGAGACUCCGGAGCAAGAGAGCCACGCACAACCGGAAGCACUGAGACAGCAGUUUCGCCAAUCACGGCUGCUGCAGCUGGACACAAUGCAGGAUAUCGUUUGCGACGAAACAGACAACGUGAGAUACGUUUGUAUUGAAAACAGUGACGAAAAUAACGGAGGAAACCACAACAGCAAUAGCGGAAAUAACUCAUCUUCCUCGGCGUGCAGUAGUAGCAACGGUAACGGCCUACCGAUGGAUAAGGACGAAAAGCGAAUGCGUCGCGAAAUCGCAAACAGUAACGAAAGGCGGCGAAUGCAGAGCAUCAAUGCUGGAUUCCAGAGCCUCCGACAGAUGCUACCGCAUCAUGAAGGGGAGAAGUUAAGCAAGGCAGCAAUCCUACAGCAAACAGCAGAAUACAUUUAUUCUUUGGAACAAGAAAAGACCCGUCUACUGUCACAAAAUUGCCAAUUGAAACGAUUACUCGACCAACAAGAUCACAAUGGUUCACCUGAAGGAGGGAUACCUCCGAUAUCCAUGAAUAGUACUAUCUCCAAUUCAACGAUUGUUCCUAGCAGCGAAAACGGAUUGCCUAACGUUGUUAGCAAUGUUGCCACUACAAUCGGUAAUAGCUUGGUUGCGACUGUUUCGAAGAAGCGAGCGAUGGACAGUAUGCCGGUGUCGGACUCUUCGGACGAAGGACUUGGAUCAAUGUCUCCAGAGCCAAUCUCGCUGAGAAAUAACGGAGCUGGUACGGCUCAGCAUGGCAGUACUCCAGCAUCUAUGCCAGCUGUGGCGUCGACAAACAUUAAUACUACAAACAGCUCUACAAACAACGGACGCCUGUGUACGACAGUAAAUUUCUCAGUUAAAGAUUUUCUUGAAUUGAAGCAUCAAUUAGAUAUUGAACGGCGGCAGAAAUCAAUAGUGGAGGACAAGUUGAAAUCUCUGGAACGACAACUGUACCCUACGCAUCUACAAUAUCAGGAGGGCUCUGACAGCGUCCUUUCUAAUGAACAACAAUCAGGAAACGGUGCACCCGAAGAGGCAAACAUUUCUAUUAUCCACAAGACACAAACAGUCGGUGGUGUUAGCAAAACAUCUCGAGCAGUGUCAGUACCGAUAACAGAAUUGGAAGCUAGUACUAUGCAAGUGCUUUCACUAGAGUCAAGUAAUACGGGUUUAAAGCGCCAGAUAGUCGUUUGUGGAGGGAAAACAGAUCGCUUAGAAGAUGCCACUUGCAAGCAACUGCUAAUUCCACUGAAGGAGGAAACUGUGUUUAUUAAGCGCUCCCGGUCACGAUCGCCUACAAUUGAAAGUGUUGUUGCAUUGCCUCCUAAAAAGCAUCGUUAUCCUUCGAUUCUUGAAGCAGCAAUUAAGGCCGAACCAAAAGUGGAGGUCGAGCGCAUUAAUUCGCCCUCGUCGAUCGUAGUCAACGAAGAGCACAUGAUGGUCUCGACUGCCGGAGGUCAUUUAGUUGGAGCGGUAACAAAAUUGACAUCUAUACAGCAACCACCUGCACGACUUAAUACCUGCCGACACAAUCUUGAAACUAUCGUCGAAGCUAUUCGUCAUCUUGAGGGUGACGCUUUCGAUGCAGUUGUACCCACUCAACAGCAACACACACAUCCUCAGACGAUUCAACCAUCUCAACCUCAGUCAACAGCCUUGUCCUCAGCAUCAGCUUCCAUACCCCAGCAAUCGUUACAACAGCAUCGACCAGUGCAAGAAGUCCCACUCGCACUAACCACUAACAGCAAGCAACAGCAAACAAUGGUACAACCGAAACUAGAUCGCGAACACCGUCAAAGUCAACUAGAACCGUACCUGAAAUUCAGAACAACCGCAGCAAGCAGCAAUAAUAGCAGCGUGCUUACGUCCUCCGCCACCGCUACCGCUGCUAUAGCGACUGCACCAAAUGGAUGCAACAACAUCCUCAAUCCUAGCAACACUACUAUAGUAUCAAUGGCUCCUUCCUCCAGCUCAUCCAUUUCUGUAUCGCUUACGUCCUCGGGCACUAGCUCAGCUGCUGGUAGCAACUGUCAGGGAUCUGCAACUACAUCAAUAGUUGGCAAUGCUUCAAUCGCACAACAACAACCACAUGCUUCACAGGCAACGGCAGCCCAAAUCUUGCAGCAACAACAGCAAUGCCGGCCGGGUGUUAUAGUGGUGAAACAAAACACCUGAUCAGCUCUUAACAUUUAUAG